AUGGGUGUCCAAGGCUUGUGGCAGCUACUCCAGCCUGUAGCUCGUCCUAUCAACAUCGAGACGCUCGAAGGCAAGCGUCUUGCCAUCGAUUCGUCACUAUGGCUCUACCACUUCCAGAUGGCCAUGCGUGACAAGGAGGGUCGCACUCUGUCCAACGCCCACAUUCUCGGUUUCCUAUGGCGAAUCCUCAAGCUCUUGUUCCACGGUGUUCGUCCCGUGUUCGUGUUCGAUGGCGGUGCUCCCGUCAUGAAGCGCAAGACGCUUUCCGGUCGAAAGGCUCGUAAACAGGGCGCAAAAGAGUCGCACGCACGUACCGCCGAAAAGCUUCUUGCAGCACAGAUGAGGCAAGCCGCCAUCAAGCAUGUCGCACACGCUCAAGGUACACCAUCUUCCUCUGAUGUCGCGCAAGGCUCGACCGCCACAGGUCCUGCUGGUCUGGGCGAGAAUACCGUCUACUUUGACGACCUUCAGUCCGGCACUCCUGCAGCCCGCGCCUCCCGCGAUUCGCAGUCCGCACAACCCGCCAACUCGGCUGGUCCCAGUCGAGAGAAUAGCAGCUCGCCCACAAAGUCUGGUGCCCGUAAGGUCGACUGGCACAAGGAUCCCUAUGCGCUGCCUGCAAUGCAGGAUGAUCUCGACAAACUCACAGCAGCCAACGGUAAGAAGGCAAGACGCAAGGACUACCGCUUUGCCACCGAAGACGAGCUCCGCGCUGUCAUGAACACCAUCGCUCCAGAAGAUCUUGACACCACCUCGGACCUUUUCCGCAGCUUACCCGCCGAGCUUCAGUACGAGCUGGUAGGUGACCUGCGUGCUCAAUCGCGCAUGACCUCGUACAAGCGUCUUCAGUCCAUGCUCGCCACAGCUCCCACUCCCAUCGACUUUUCGCGCGCUCAGAUUGCCGGCCUCAAGACGCGCAACGACCUCACCCAAAAGGUGCUCACCGUCACCGAUGAGAUCGGCAAUGCCAACAUCAAGGUCCCCAUCCGUGUCGCCGGUGAGCGAAACAAGGAGUACGUGCUUGUGCGCAAUCCAGGUGCCGAGGGUGGUUUUGUGCUUGGCGUUCGCGAUGCAGGUGCCACUCAGGACAAGGCCAUCGACGUUGACUACGAGCCCGAGGAAAUCAACAUCACAGACGACGAGGCGCAGCACUCCGACUCGGACUCCGAGAUCGAGAUGGACGACGUCGAAAUCCCAGUCCAGCAGACACCUUCCCGUUCGGCGAGCCGCACCGCCGAUCCCGACCUCGAUCGGUUGCAGUCAGAAGCAGAUCCUUACAAACGCAAGGAGAAAGCGCUCGAGAUUCUCCAAGCCAGAGCCAAGCAUCACGCAAAGCAGAAGCGCAGAGAGGCAGGUAUUCAAGAUGCGGAUGACGACGACUUCCAACGCGCUCGCCAACCUCGACGUAAACGCGGAGAGCGACCGCUCUUUAUCCGUGGUCAGCGCAACGGUACUGAGUCAAGUCAGACUCCUGAACAGACCGACUGGAUCGACGUCGAUACAGACUCGGAUGAUCAAGACCAAGAUUCUCGGAUGGUAUUGCAGGAUGACGAGCUCGACGAGGACGAAGCCGAGGACCUGGCUCGUGCUAUUGCCGAGUCGCAGGCUUCCGGCAGUCGAUCAGAGGAGCAGGUUGCGCCUUCACGCGGUCUCAAGCUUGCUCAUCGGACCGGCGAGCCCAUCUCGCUCCACGAUGCUAUGUCACAGAGGCAGCAAUCGACUAUGUCACCGAUUGACAACGGGAGGAGCCCAACAUCACACGUAGCCGGUCCCGCCGCCGAGCCUGAGAACGGAAACGACCUCGAAAUGGACGAGGACGACUUCGAGGACGUGCAGCCAGAGGCGCCGUCUACUUUACGCGAGGUCCAACCACUGGUGGAACCAGUGCUGCCAUCGGACGCAACCAGUCAGGCCCACAGUCCAGCCGACAAGUCCGAUCGCAUGCAGGAGCUGGCAGCACUUGUUGGCCGCGGCAAGAGAUCCAACGGUGACGCUGCACUAGCACCACCGCCACCGCGCAAAAGCCUGGCCGGUAGUCUUCGAGCCGCUCGUCGAUCGACAUCGACAACCAACCUACACGAGCAUGAGCAGCCGGAGCCCGUUCCUUCGCCCGAGGUCUCGACAAACAAGGCGGAAGAGUCGAUAACGACCGUCAAGGAUGCAGCGACAGAAACACCUCCCCGCGCUCCCGCGGCAAACCCAGGCCGCAUGGGUCCUCCUCUUCGUUCAGCGUCGCAGCAACGACUCGAGACCGCCGCGGUACAGCCCAAGUCUGCUACCCCUGUUAGUGGUGCUGUGGCUGCAUCGCCCGCUCAGGACGAUCUGCCGCCAACGCCAGAGGAGGUCAACCGCCAGAUCGCCAUUGGUCUCGACGAAGACGGAGCGAAGGACGAAGAUGACUUUGAGGUGAUUGAGCCAAGUUCGUUGAAGCAGAGUGUGGGUGAGUCCGAGACUCGGACAGCGCCGGCCAUCACGUUGAGGGAUGCUACACCUCCCUUGGUGCAGUCGCCGCCAGCAGGGGAAGGCGCAUUCGGCAACGAUGCGUCCGAGGCUGUCGAAACGGUGGAUGGCCAGGUUGCACAUCCACAAGAGCCUGAGGAAACUGGCGUACCGGUCUCCCUAUCUGCUCCUGAAGACGUUUUGGAUGGAGCGCAAGGUCCUGGCAUCACAGAAAACGGGGCUGACCCUGACGCCGUCGCCAUGGACAACAUUCCCGCUGCCGCCGCAGAGCACAUUACCGAAUCAGCCCCGCCCAUCGAUCCUGCGCCCGCAGCAGAGGCCAUCUCAAGCCCACCGAACCGACGACGCACACCCCUGGAAUGGUCUCCUACACCAUCGCCUUCUCCCGAACCCGUUGUCAUCGGCGCCGACGGCUUCCCCCUCCCCACUGCGGAAGAGCUCGACCUGCUCGACGCACAGGACGAGCACGAGAUCGCUCGUCUCAACGCCGACCAGAACGAGUUCGUCGCCUUCCUCUCCGCCACCAAAGGUCGCAGCCUGUUGGAUGUGCAGCGGGAGGUCGAGAGCGAGGUCAACGCUCUUCGCGCCGAGUUCGCCAACAGUCGGCGGUCGGAGGAGGAUAUCACGCGGCAGAUGGCGCAGGAGAUCCAGAUGAUGUUGAGGCUGUUUGGGCUGCCGUACAUUACCGCACCGAUGGAGGCGGAAGCCCAGUGUGCCGAGUUGGUCUCGAGACGGCUGGUCGAUGGGAUCAUUACGGAUGACAGCGAUGUUUUCCUCUUCGGCGGGACGAGGAUCUACAAGAACAUGUUCAACAACAACAAGGUCGUCGAGUGUUUUUUGCUGUCGGAUAUGCAGAGGGAGUUGGGGCUGGAUCGCGAAAAGUUGGUGCGGUUGGCGUACUACUUGGGGAGCGACUAUACGGAGGGGUUGGUAGGAGUGGGCCCUGUAGUGGCAAUGGAGCUGUUGGCGUUGUUCCCGGGCGAAGAUGGCUUGUUGAAGUUUCGAGACUGGUGGAGCAAGGUUCAAAUGGGACAGGACACGAUCGAGGAUACGCGCGGCAAGACCAUGCGGAGGAUCAAGAAGAACCUAAGCAACAAGGUUCACCUGGAAACGAGUUGGCCGGACCCGCAGGUGCUCAAGGCGUACUACGAGCCGACGGUGGACGAGAGCGAGGAGGCGUUCGCGUGGGGUCUGCCGGAUCUGGACAGCUUGCGCACGUUCUUGGGCGAGUACCUACACUGGCCGGUGAGCAAGACAGAUCAGUAUCUGCUGCCGAUCAUCGAACGCCAGAAUGCGAGGUUGAGGGCGAGGGGCAAUCAGAGUACGUUGGAUCGCAACGGCUUCUUCGAUACGAGUGCGGGGACGGGGGUGUAUGCGGGGAGGAAGAAGAUUCAGUACGGAAGCAAUCGCUUGCAGGAGGUGAUCAAUGGGUUCCGAGCUGCGAAUGGGAGGAAGAAGGCGGCUGGUGCUCAGAGGAGGAGGAGGAGCAGCAACAGCAGCAGUAGCGACAGUGAGAGCGAUGACGAGGUGCAGGUGGUGGGUGCUAGGAUGCAGACGCCGAUGGUGUCGGAGGAGAUGUUGGGUAAGGAGAUGGCGAAAAGAAGGCCUAUCGUGCGUCGGGAUGAUGAAGCGACGACCUCCAAUGGCGGAUCAGACGCUCGAGAAGCUAGACGGGCUGAACUCGACGCCGCCAUCGAAGCAUUGGAAGGUACAGCCCCCACCAAACCCACAUCCGCCUCGAAACGCAAAAAGAAGCCCAACCGCCCCGCAAACCCCGAAGACGACCUCUCUUCAUCGGCAUCCUCCUCGAGCGACGAGCCGCUUGCCGUGGCUCCCACCAAAACCCCGCGCACGACCCGCGGUCGAGGCAGAGGCAGAGCCAAACCAGCACCGCGAGGUCGCACCACAUCCGCCACAGGUCGCGGAAGCAAAGCACGUGCCAACCUCCAUGCUGCACGGAACAUGUCCCUCGACGACGUGGCGUCUCUGCCGCCGAGUCGAAGUCCGAGCGUCGACCCGGCGACGCUGAGGGCGAGAAGCGGGAGGAGGUCGAGCAGCGUCUCCUCGAGUCGCUCGGGUAGCGCGAGGUGA